AUGGCGGCGCGGCGGGCCCGGCUCCGCGUCUGGCUGCUCCUGCAUUUUCUGCCGCAGGUGUACUGCGAGUAUGGGAUGGUACAUGUCCUUUCAGAGAAGGGGAGCAGCAAAGGAAAAGACUACUGUAUCCUCUUCAACUCUCAGUGGGCCCAUUUGCCACAUGAUCUGGGUAAAGCUUCACUCUUGCAACUGCAGGAUCAGACAGCAUCUGUUUUGUGUUCUCCUUCUGAUGUACCCGAUGGGGGAUUUAAUAAUCAAAUCCCCAUGGUGAUGCGAGGGAAUUGCACCUUCUAUGAGAAAGUGAGGCUUGCUCAGAUAAAUGGAGCUCGUGGGCUGCUGAUUGUUAGUAGGGAGAGACUGGUUCCUCCUGGGGGUAACAGGAGUCAAUAUGAAGAGAUUGAUAUUCCUGUGGCUCUGCUCAGCUAUACUGAUAUGUUAGAUAUUGGCAAGAGUUUCGGCAGCUCAGUGAAAGGGGCAAUGUAUGCACCAAAUGAGCCUGUGCUAGACUAUAACAUGGUGAUUAUAUUUGUCAUGGCUGUGGGGACUGUUGCAAUUGGAGGCUACUGGGCAGGAAGCAGAGAUGUGAAAAAGCGGUACAUGAAGCACAAACGUGAUGAUGGGGCAGAGAAACAUGAUGAUGAAACGGUUGAUGUGACUCCAAUAAUGAUCUGUGUAUUUGUAGUGAUGUGCUGCUCAAUGCUGGUCCUCCUUUAUUUCUUCUAUGACCACUUAGUCUAUGUUAUCAUAGGAAUAUUCUGCCUGGCUGCCUCAAUUGGUCUUUAUAGUUGUCUGUCUCCCUUUGUAAGAAGAUUCCCCUUGGGAAAGUGUAGAAUCCCAGACAACAGCUUGCCUUAUUUUCAUAAGCGUCCACAGGUCCGGAUGUUGCUGUUGGCGGUAUUUUGUAUCUCUGUCAGCGUAGUCUGGGGAAUUUUCAGAAACGAAGAUCAGUGGGCCUGGGUUCUGCAAGAUGCUUUAGGAAUCGCUUUCUGUCUUUACAUGUUGAAAACAAUUCGCCUGCCUACUUUUAAGGGUUGUACCUUGCUCCUCCUGGUUCUUUUUGUGUAUGAUGUAUUCUUUGUAUUUAUCACACCUUUUCUAACAAAGACUGGGGAGAGUAUAAUGGUGGAGGUGGCUGCAGGUCCGUCUGAUUCUGCCACUCAUGAAAAGCUCCCAAUGGUCCUGAAGGUUCCGCGACUGAACUCCUCACCAUUGGCUCUGUGUGACAGGCCUUUUUCUCUCCUAGGAUUUGGAGACAUUUUAGUUCCAGGCUUACUGGUAGCCUAUUGCCAUAGAUUUGAUAUUCAGGUGCAGUCGUCCAGAGUCUAUUUUGUAGCCUGCACAAUAGCAUAUGGCAUAGGCCUUCUUGUGACCUUUGUUGCCUUGGCAUUGAUGCAGAUGGGCCAGCCCGCUCUCCUCUACCUGGUGCCCUGUACUCUUCUCACAAGCUUUGCUGUGGCUCUUUGGAGAAAGGAGCUUGCAAUGUUCUGGACGGGCAGCGGCUUUGCGAAAGACCUACCUCAGCCUCCCUUGGUGAUAGCUCCUGUCAACUGCCCCGAGCUUCCCAAAGAUAGCAGUGUACCAACCUCUCAACAAGACACAGAGCAAAUGACCAAUCCUACCCUCCAUGUGAAGGAGCUGCACGGCCCCACCUCAGCUGCAGAGGAGCUGGCUGAUACUGACACAAAGACGGACCAGUCAGAAAUUUCUGUUGCACGGAGUGAGGAACCAGCUGGGCAGAAUAAGGAUGACAUUGAAAGCAAAUGUCUAAAUGCAGAGCAAAAACAGCUGGAAUAAACAAUGUGAUAAGAACUCCUUAUUUUCUCUCACAAACAUAUCCAUAUAAAACCAGUAUGUAUUUAGGACUGGUUUAGUAGUGUUUGCGUUCAUUGAGGAACCUCACUGGGAGUGGAUCAUCAAAUCCACCAACGAAUGUUCUGCCUCCAGCUUUGGUACAGCUAUACACUUCAGACAUCUUUCUGAAAUAUGGUGCUCUACAAGGGUUCUGAUGUAUGGAUUUCAAUGAUCAUUUUAUUAGUGAAUGCCUUUGACCGUUCCAUUUUCAUUAUACCGGGGUAGUAUUAAGAGUCUUUAUUUACACAGUACUCUGUGCUUGUGUGGCUAUUUUGCUGCUUUAGCAUAGUGUAGGUUAACAUGGAGGAAGAGCAUUGAACAAGCCUGCUACAAUGCUUAGUUGAGAGAAACGUGAUAGGUUUUUUUAGCACUUUCCCUAUUGUCACCUUUUACUUUACUUUUCCCUACUUGUCAAAGCCAUUGAUACAAGAAAAUGCUUUAGUAUAAACUGACAUUCAGGAAAUGCAGAAAAUGGUUAAAUUACCAGCCUCUGAAAGGAUUUAUACUACCAUGGUGCAUUAAAUGCAUCUCUUGUUUUUUUUGUCUUUGUUUUUACUUCCAGGUACCUGGGUUGGCUACUAGUCUAGUUUAAAAGGCAGGAUGAAUGGAGCUACAGGAAGCUUUCUCUGAAAAUAAGCAGUGUUUGUCACAGAACACUGUCUGGAAGCAAAAGCAUAUUAAGAAUAUUUAAUGUUUUAGAAAUAAAAUACAAGCCAAAUAGGCAGUAGCACUAUAGUAAGCUUAAUAGGCAGUAUUUUCAUUGGGAAAAUGUUAAAGUAAAGCGGUAAAAGUUCAUAUGUUCGGGGUUUUGAGCUUCUACUUGUCAUUCGUUUAAGGAAUACAAUUGUGAUUUCUAAUUCUGAAGAAAAUAAUCUGGUGUUUUCAUUCCCAAGGGAGCACAUAUGGUGCUAUAGUCAGUUGUGAUUUAAAGCUACUUGCUGCUCAGUAACUAAUGAACUGCCUCAGUCAUGUUUUGUCUUUGUCCCAAGAGCAGUAAAAGCAUGGCCUGUCAGGUUCUGGAAUGAGGCUGUCAUCUGGCCUAUUAUUUUGCACCUCUUGCUACAUGACAUUGUGAAGGUCUAAAUUUGUGCAUUUAAAAGUUUUUGGGGUGCAGCUGGUCUUACUUUAUAUUCCUGAAAUGGUGCGUUUUCCUGUAUAACAUGAUUGAGUCUUUUAUGCAUCAACUUUAGUACAUGGAGAGGGAUGAUGUGAUUUGCAUAUUAUUUAUUCCAUUUAAGAACAUUUGGCUUUAUCAAAGUUGUCUGUUCUACACUUAAAUUGCAAUCCCAGAAAGCCUCAAACACUUCACAUUAAAAUGUGAAAAUGGAAGUAUUCUAGGACCCUAGAAUAUGAUUCCAAAUUGCAUGGAAGAAAUACUCUUCAGAGUAUUUGAGAGCCCAAAAUGUCAUUUACAAAAGUGUUAUCAUAGUGACACGAUCAGAGGCAAUGCUUUUAAAUUAAGAGCCUCCAGUUGGCAUGUUGAGUUGGAUUCUGAAGGGCUCUCUUUUAAUGUCUGUCUGUUAAAUUUCAACCAUUGUCUCUUUGGCUAGGUCUUCCAAAAGUUUGCCCUCUGCUUUUGGAUGAUAACUUAUGGUUUUAUCUGUUUCACAUUGGGUGGAUAGUAUUCUUUCUCUAGAAUGUGAAACGCUUUCUGUAAAACCACUGUAUGGCUUCAGAGUUUUACCAGCUUCUGCUUAAAGCCUCAAGCCCUGUCUGAUAAGUUGAUUCAAUGGUGAGUUUCUUGAACGGCUUCCUGAGUCCAAAGGCCUACCUUUAAUUUACAAAUCACCCUAAUGGAAGAUACUACUAUUAGAGAUCUGUUUUUCAGUCUCUUCUUUAAUGGACUAUGUUACUUUUGCCAGCAGUAAUCUGAACCAAUUAUUACUAAUAAAAAGCAACAGAGACAUUUUACUGAAAACUUCAGCCAGCUGGAUUAUGCCUUAAUUUAAGCCAUUGUAUAAGUAUGUAUAUUAAAUUAAGAAAACAAUCUUGUGUUUAAAUAAUGAACUUGACAAAUAGCAAGAAAACAAGUUGGGAGACUGA